CCCCCAGGCAAUGGGGAGGAAGUCUCAUGCAGAGGACUGUGGGUUAGGUAUUUAUUCACCCCUGACCACUUUGUCGCGAUUUGUAAUGAUUAGACUUUGCUUUUACAGUACUUAUUGCGCUAACAAGACAAGAGUUCCAGAACUUUACGGGUGUAACAGUCCCUUCAGCUCCGCUGUCUGGUGAGAUAGGCGGUGAGCGGAGAGAGAGAGAGUGAAAUAGAAGAGUCCUAUGGCUCCUUUGCAGCUCGCGGUGUACUUGCGGCUCGCUCUCAUAUUCUUCUUCACGGCGUUUCUUUUCUUCCUCGAUGUCUUCACUGUCAGCAGAGCAGCCUCCUCGUGCGCUAACGUCCCCAGUCAGUUACCGACCAAGAGUCGAACCGGAGGAGAUGAAGUCUCUUCUAGUAGUGCGCGCAAACAGAACCGCACUACCGGGGAGGUGCGCGAGAUGAACGUGUCACUUAUAUCGAUAUUAUUACCGACACAGGAUGAGAUCACGCAGGGGAACGACACCGAUAGAGAUAAUGGCAAAGUGUGUUUGGAUCCAGUGGUGUUGUCGUACAGUCAGACCAUGUACAUGGCCGGCCUUCUGCUGGGAUCUCUCUUUGGAGGAUCUCUCUCUGACAGGUACGGUAAGCGAGUGGUACUGCUGGUGUGUGUGUGUGUCCAUGCUGUGGCUGCUGUGCUGCCGGCAGUCCUUCCUCACGCCAUCCUCUUCCUCACCCUGCGCUGUCUGGCCGGGGUCUCCUGCUGCUGUAUCAAUAUCUGCAGCUUCAGCCUGGGUGUGGAAUGGAGUCUUCCCAGGUAUCGUAUUUGGCCCCCGGCCCUCCUGUCCUUCUCCUUCAGCCUGGGUAUGAUGGCGUUGGCACCACUGGCGUACCUUACACACACCUGGACACAGCUACACCUGGCACUGGCCAUACCACAGAUCCUCUGUCUGCCUCUCUACUACUCCAUUCCUGAGUCUCCUCACUGGUUGCUCCUGAAGAAGAGGCUGGACACUCUGGAGGAGUACAGGAGACACAUCCUGGGUUGUCCAUCUCGUUACUCACUGAAAGUGUGUAGAAAAAAAGAGAGGUUGUCAGGUCACCGCUGUGUUCUACCGCUGUGUUCUACCUCUGUGUUCUACCGCUGUGUUCUACCGCUGUGUUCUACCGCUGUACUCCAUGUGUUCUACCGCUCUGUUCUACCGCUGUGUUCUACCGCUGUACUCCACGUGUUCUACCGCUGUGUUCUACCGCUGUACUCCAUGUGUUCUACCGCUGUGUUCUACCGCUGUGUUCUACCAUUGUGUACUACCGCUGUGUUCUACCGCUGUGUUCUACAGCUGUGUUCUACCGCUGUGUUCUACCGCUGUGUUCUACAGCCACCGCUGUGUUCUACCGCUGUGUACUACCGCUGUGUACUACCGCUGUACUCCAUGUGUUCUACCGCUGUGUUCUACCGCUGUGUACUACCGCUGUACUCCAUGUGUUCUACCGCUGUGUUCUACCGCUGUGUACUACCGCUGUACUCCAUGUGUUCUACCGCUGUGUUCUACCUCUGUGUUCUAACGCUGUACUCCAUUUGUUCUACCGCUGUACUCCAUGUGUUCUACCGCUGCUGUCUCUCCCCACUGUGUAUGAUGCUGUCUCUCCCCACUGUGUAUGAUGCUGUCUCUCCCCACUGUGUAUGUGUGUGUGUUAGGCUAACGUCAGCCCUGACGUACUACGGUAUCUGUCUGAAUGUCGGGCGUUUCGGGGUGGAUGUCUUCCUGUCUCAGUUCUUCAGCGGCCUAUCAGAGGCACCCUGCUUGCUCGUCCCAUUCCUAUUGGCCCGCUGUGGCAGACGCCCAAUCAGCAUGCUGUCCCUGCUCCUCAGUGGCUCUUUCUGCCUGCUGUCCCUGCUCGCAUCACGCUUCUACGCUGUCCCAGGGUUGGUGAUGGCUCUGGCCCUGGUGGGGAAGCUGUGUAUGCAGACCAGUGUGUUUGUGUGUAUACUCUACGGCAUCGAGCUCUUCCCUACGCUCAUCAGACAGAAGUGUGUGGGCUUGGUGUGUCUGUGUUACAGAGUGGGGUGUAUCCUCAAUGCGGUAAUCAGUCCUAGAGGAGAAACCAUCCCAUUGGCCGCUAUGAUUCUUUAUGGGAGUGGCCCCAUUGUCGGAGCGGGACUGUGUCUGUUGCUACCGGAGACCAGCGGUGUGCCGCUCCCUGAUUCGCUGGAGGACUGUGACAGACAACCCAGGCUUCACCUCCCAUUAGCCUGGUCAUCAUGCUUCACAAGGCGCUCAGUGGACACCCCAGCUGACAAGGCCUGUCCGUUCCUGGGAGACACAGACCCCGAGAAACCCUCCCACCACCCACAGGAACCCAACUCAAAUUAAAACACUCUGCACACACACACACACACACACACACGCUGUUGAUACAUGUAUUUAAAAGGUCCAUGGAGCACUGAGAUACUAGCCGAACAGUUUCCAAUAAGUUCUAAUCAUUUUUUUUUUGUCACGUUGUGCCCAAAUGAACAUGACCCUGGUUUUACUGUUUAAACCUUAAAUCUGUGUGAUCUGGUCUGUCCCAGCCUGUGGAGAACAUUCUUAGCUCCCUAUAAAAAUCUGCAUUCUCCUUUG